AUGCUUUCGCUCGGCCUGAUCGCCGCGUCUGCUGGCACCGAGAUCCGCUACAACGAGUACAGCGCGUCGCCCACCAUCGGCAACGGCAACGGCGAAAUUGACGGACCAGCGAGCGAGUUCGGCGCGAUGGCAAUCUUCAUCGACAGAGUACGAACGCUAACACGCAAACUUGAUGGCGAGCAGGAGGUGGUCUUUAAGCCAGACCAAGGCACUCCUCGCUCCCUCAACGCGCUCCGACCCGGCGUGCAGUUCAGCAAUGGCGAUGCCUUCAGCGAACCUAGCUGGGGCUUUCUAUACAAUUCGAUGCCAUUUGCGAUGAGCUUCUCCGACAUGCUCCUCUUCCUGUACAAGAAAGACGGCAUCAAUCUCGCACAGGGAAUCCUCGACGCUCGCAACGGCACGCAAGUGGCCUUCCCGGUAGUCAGCAGCACGAUGCAAGGCUCCGGCUACUUCCCAAAGCCACUUGGCAGGCCGCUCUGCCGCGAGGGCGACGCCGAGUGCCUCGCUCACGGCAAUGGCAUCGGGCUCGCUGGCCUUUGCACGUCGGGCUGGGAGAUCCGAUACCUCAACACCCCCGAAGACGUGCUCCGCAAGGCUUGCGACAUGCUCGUUGGAGACGGGAACAACUUGAAGUUCUCCCCACCAACUGGAGGAGUGGCGCCUCUGAAGCUGAUGCAGAACCGCUCCAUCCAAGGCUUUGAGUUUGUCACCCCUGUGGACGACCUCCAAGAGUUCUUCCCAAUCAACGCUGAUCCAUCGGUUCUGGACUGUGAGAACGAGCUCGAUGACUGCACACAAAACAUCGGCCAGAUUGGAGCGCGCUAUGCGCACUACCCUGGCUGGCACCAACCCUUCCUCUUCUCGUGGAUGCACAUCGACAAGAGCGUCUGGGAGGGGCUGAGCGAAGGGCAGCGCCUCGCCAUCAAGUUCGCGGCGGGCCAUUCUGUCAGCAAGAGCCACACGACGACCGAGUCGAUGCAGUGCCAGGCCCUGCGGCAGAUGAUCGACUUCAACGAGAACACCUCCCAGCUCAACCGGGACGGCUCUGAGAGGGACGAGAGCGCUCGCAUCACCGUUGUCCCGUGGCGCGAGGAGGACCUUGAGACGCUCAGGGAGGCAACCACGGCCCACAUGGAGUCGCUCAUGGGGCCGACGGGGGAGGCGAGGGAGUUUGCAAUCGUCUACAAGGCGAUGCACAAGGUGGCGGGCAUCCCGGUUGCUCCGGGGGAUCUCGGGCCGUUCCCCGGCGAGUCGUGCGCGCUGGAGUCCAGCUCCGCUUCUUGA